AUGUACACCCUCGCCAAUGGCGACCGUGCAAUCGACAUGCCUGGUCUUCACGACACCCGCGGAAUCGAUGCAACAGACGACAAGCAUAGCGAUGAGUCUAUUUUACGCGCCCUCCUCAAUUUCCUCGCUAUUCAGAAGAUAGACACCAUACAUGGGAUCAACUGGCAUCUUCAGCCUGCGACUCGAGUUGAUGGCCACAUCAGAUGGGAGGCCAAAUUUAUCGACGGUCUCGUCGGGAGAGACGGGUGGAGAAAUGUUAUCGUCCUCAUCGUCGAGAAUCUACGUCCACGUCAUGAGCCUCCUAUCCGAGCAGCUGUCGAACCCUACACCGAUUAUGACGCUCUUCCCGUGAGAGGAUGUGUCCUUGACGAAGAGACAGGCUCCUCCCCCAGGUCCAUCUCAAUGUACGAAGAUAAUCCUGAGCAGAAUGUGGUCACUUUAGCUGGUUUGCGCAUCUCACAUUCUCCGAUCCAAAUCUGCAUUCUUGACGAAGCAUGUGUGGCCGCCUUCUUCCGCACCCUCACGACCCCGAUGAUCCGGAUCCGUGGAGGAACGCCGCACCUUUUAUUGGUGCUCUCUUUGGGCCUCUUGGAAUGGCCGUGGGUCACAUUGUGGCGACGACUGGACCCGGAGUGCAAUGCAAGAGAGGGGGGUGUAGAACGUUCCGCUCGUCUGACGUGUGUUAUCAGAGUUGGGAAGGGUGUGGGUGUACUCUGGCCAGUGGGGUAA